AUGCGCAUAACGAUGCGUAAUUCCGUCAAAACGGCAGUUCGAUUUUAAUUUUGGGUGAUAUAGGCCAACACACGUAAUUAAUUCUGUGGACACAAGUCUCAUUUAUUUCUAAAUAUCUUCUAAGUUUGGACAUUCCUUAGUCACCUGAUUGUAACCGGUCUGGACCUACACUAAAGGAAAUCCGACGGAAACUGCGUUCCCUUCUAUGACAACAUUCUAGUCCGGCCGUUAGACUGAAUACAGUGUGUUGAUUGUUCAUACAGCCAGUGGUUCUCUGUACAUGUACAUGUACAUGUACAUACAGCUCGCAUUAUUCACACAUGCUGUAACCGUGCACAUUCGAGGUCCAGUGCUUCAACGUCGUCGGCUGUUUCUUCGUUUCUUAUUCUUAAAGCCUUCAGAUAUUCCUUCAUAAAUGAACAACCUCGGGAGGCUUUAGCUAUUGGCUCUGUCUAGCGUCAACUGGCGUAAGGUUGGGAAGCGACGGCGUGAAAAGAGGGAUUUUCGUGUUCAUCAUCGGGGAAGUUCUUUAUGCCACUCCGAGAGCUCGCCAUGAAUAGCCGUGUUGUCACACGGGAUGUCACGGCACGAUUUCGGGAAGGGGAUUUCCAUGCGUCGUAUACGGUCCAGAAUGAACUCGGAAGGGGGCGCUUUGCUGUGGUGCGCAAGUGCACCUGCGUCAGCAGCAGCCGGGACUUUGCGGCCAAGUUUGUGCGCAAGCGCAAGAUGGGCCGGUCCUGCCGUGAGGACAUCCUGAAGGAGAUCCGCAUCCUGGAGAUGUCCACCGACCACCCCCGGAUGAUCCGGCUCCAUGAGGUGUUUGAGACGGCCAGUGAGGUCAUACUUGUGCUGGAAUUUGCUGCGGGAGGAGAGCUGCAUCCCUACUGCGUGGCGGAGAAAGAGGAUGCCUUCACAGAGCAGGACGUAGUGAGGCUGGUCCGACAGAUAUUGGAGGGGGUUUACUACCUGCAUCAGAACAACAUCGUCCACCUCGACCUCAAGCCUCAGAACAUUCUGUUAACCUCAGGACUGCCAUGCCUCGGCGACAUCAAGCUCAUCGACUUUGGCAUCGCCAGGCUGGUCCAGAAUGGCGACGUCAUCCGCGACAUUGUCGGGACGCCUGAAUUUGUCGCACCGGAGGUCCUGAAUUAUGAGCCCAUCACGCUGGCUACGGACAUGUGGAGCAUCGGCGUGCUGACCUAUGUCAUGCUGACAGGCAUCUCGCCCUUUGCUGGAGACGACAAACAGGAGACCUUCCUCAACAUCUCCCAGGUCAGCCUGGACUUCCCCCAGGAGUACUUCCAGGACAUCUCGGAGGACGCCCAGGAUUUCAUCCGGCGGGUCUGCGUCAAGGAACCUGAGAAACGACUAACGGCUGAAGAGUGCCUUAACCACCGGUGGCUUCACGCCAGCUGCAAGGCGAUGACGACUUUGACAACAUCGGGAAAUAGAGUGAGCGAAGACAACAAUAACCAGCUCAAGGAGGACGUUGACCAAGAUGAGGAUGUCGCGGACCAAUGCUGCGCAGAUGAUCCAGAAACAACAUCUUUUCCCUGCGACACACCGGACUCAUUCAUAUCCCGUCGCAACAGUUCCCCCGAGGUGCUCCCUGCGACUUGCAAUCAUUCCACAGCCCAGACGUUCACCACUACUACAACUGUAACUGUCCGAACGGUGCCUCUGGACUUCGAUUGCACCGAUGGCGGAAAGGACUCCGAGAAGAGAAUCCUUGAUUCAGAGGAAGACUUGGAGACUACGGAAUCUGUCGCAACAAAUUCGGACUCCUCCGAGCAGCACGAGGGCUGCAGGUCGCCCUACCACAGCCCCUCUGUCAACCGACGCGUACUCCUCAAGAGCAAGGACACUCUACCCAAAGACCUGAACCAGCCAAAGAGAAUAUGCAUCCAGGUCGUCUAGCGAACCUGAGCACACGCAACUUUUCAGGGAGGGUGAUCUGCCCUGUGGAAUAAUUUAUGGCUUGCAACGGCCCAGUACAUACUGUUUAGAUCUGCUCAAAGAGCCAUAUCACAAUGAGAGAGCUUCCGUGCUAUCAGAUUAAUUUGAAUGCCAAAUACUCCAUCUACCUGUCGUUACUUUUUGUCCAAGAAGAACUGCUAGCUUAAAUGGUUCCCACAUCAGUUUUGUCUUUUACGACAUUCCAAACUGCUGUCGACGCUGACAAGGUUAAUUGGUCCAGCCCGACUACAGCCUUCAAAAGAAUGUUUUUACAAGUGAAAGGAAAGAGACAUGCUUGAAAUACUGUGGCUAUUUCCCGUUACAUCCAAAUAUUGUUGACUGUACGCCCUGUCUGCGACGGAGAAAAAUGGUCAUGUACAUCUCUACUUCCCAACUUGAUGCAAGGUGGCAGACGUUUAACAGUACACAGUUCAGUGAAAUGCCUUGAUUCACCUAUCUCAUGCAGUGUCAGACUGUCAAGUGCCCACACAUGCAAAAUUCACUGCAUUUUUUUUUUGCACAGGAAGUCAGAAUUUUUCUUUUUGCCAGUGAAAGUGCACCGUUAUUGCCUGCUUCCUGUUUCUUCAAAAUCGUACCGUACAUUGGCGUGUCUUUAUCAUACACAUCUCCUUAGUUUUGCCCUCUCUGCCCAUCUAUAAUGCUUUAAAGGGUGGUUAUCUGAUGCUGUAGGCAAAAUUAUUUUUCACGGGGAAUGAUAAAUUUGAGUUUGGUUUGUUGGCAUCAAGUAACAUCAGUAGGCGCUUAAUAGAAUGCAGACAACUCUGCAAGGCGAGCUGCCAUUGGUAGAUGUUUAGGGUGGAGGGAGGCUAAUGACCAAUGACAAGACUUGUUAAGUUUACGUUUGGGAAAGCAAAGUUUUAUAUGUUGGUGCACAUAGAUUUGUGACAGUUGUUACAAAACGGAUGAAUUCACAUUAACAACUCGUUGGUUUCUCCAGGCUU